AUAUUUUUAUUAAAUCCACCCUUAAACUUUUCUGUAAUGGUGCAAAUAGGUUGGCCGUCUCAAUUUUCCCUUGGUAACGACAUCCAGUAAAUCCAUGGCGGACAGUCUCUAUAUUUUUAUUCCUUCAGUUAGUCCUGACGAAGGGUCUCGGCCUGAAACGUCGACUGCGCCUCUUCCUAUAGAUGCUGCUUGGCCUGCUGCGUUCACCAGCAACUUUGAUGUAUGUUGCUUGAAUUUCCAGCAUCUGCAGAAUUCCUGUUGUUUGCGUCUAUAUUUUUAUGCCUUAUUUAUAAUAGACGCCUAUAUGGUAGUAGUGUUUAUUUGCAUGUCUGUGUUUAUGUCUUCUUCUUACGUAGCCUUUUAAGUCCUUCCAUCAAUUACAGAAGGCUUCUCUGCACUCCUGAAACAAGGAUGGCUUCAAUGUUCUCAACAACAAACCAAAUGCUCCUCCACUUGGUGUCAAGAUACAGAGGUUCAUAGGAGUUAGUGAAGGUAAUAUAUUUAUAUUUUAUUUAGUUAUUUAAAGAGAGAGCAUAGUAAUAGACCUUUCUAGGCCAACAGACCUGUGCUGCCCAAUUACACCCAUGUGACCAAUUAACUUACUAGCCUGUACACCUUUGGGAUGUGAGAGGAAACCACAGCACCUUCCCGACACCGUACUCCACCUGUCCAUUCUCUUUCUCUGUCCAAGUCCUUCUGCAGACUCCCCGCUUUCUCAACACUACUUGCCCCUUCACCUUUCUUUGUAUCGUUUGCAAAUCCUUAACUACCCUUUGAAAAGUCUGAGCAAGACACCCAGGUCAUUAUCAAUUACUAGAUUAAAGCAGAAAAAGUAGGAAGUCAAACAGACAACCCAGGUUCCAUUGUGGAAAAUCGCUCUCAACCCUGUUAGCCUUGCAAACUCCUCUUCACAAAUAUCUUUCACAGGUGAGGCAACCAGCAGGCUGAUAAGAGACAUUGUCACAGAUACACACCUUACUGACAAUAUACCACACUCCUGCACCACAAACUCCAAGUAGAUUUUGCCUACUCACCAGAAAAUUGAUACGCUGAUCGGGGGAGUCAUCCUCAAUACUGGACGGCUAAUGCAUCACACUGCCAGAGUCCCAGGUUCAAUAUGGAUCCCAGGAGCUGACUGCGUGGAGUGUACACGUUCUCCCUGUGACCUUGUGGGUUUUCUCCCAAUGCUCUGGUUUCUUUCAACAUCCCAAAGACUUGUGAGUUGGUAGAUCAACAGGCCCCUAUUUUCCAACAGAUUAAAAGGAGAGCUUCCCCUGAAGAACUAGCUUAAAAGAGAAAUUGGUCCAGUCUGGCUACAGUAGAUCAAUCACACUGGACCUCUGCCACAGCAGCAACAAUUUAAUACCUGUUCACUAUAGGUGACACCUAUUUGAGUAAUCUGUUGGCAAUUCCUUGAACAGAAGCUGAUCAGAGCCAUAUUCUGAAUGGAUUUUAGAAGUUAAUCAGUUAUCAUGGGGACCCAUGAUGGAUCUCAUUUUGCAGGACAAGUUGUAAAAGACCAGGCUGCCUGUAAAGGCAUUUUUUGGGUGUAUCACAUAUUUUAUUCCCACCCCCAAUCAUCAGAGCUGAUUGAGAGAAUGUAUGGACUUCUAAAGCAAUAAAUCUGUCUGUUACUACUCCUAUGGGGACAGAUGACUGUGCUAAAUCAAGCCUUGUACAACUAGAAAUGAUUAAAUGUGACCUGAGACCUGAGGAAAAUGAAAGCUUUGCAGAAAAGGUUCUUACAAAGGGUGGGACAGUUCAGGUGCACAUCCUAAAUUCCUCAGCUUGCAAGGGAGAGAUUGUGUCAAACAGAGAUGGUAAAGCUUACUUGGUAUCUGCACAAGACAAAAGACAACUUGGUGUGUUUAGAUAAGGCCAAAUUGAUGAACCGAGAGUAACCUCGAUAUUUUUGUAAAUUGUUAAUAAUAAAUGCUUUAUUUUCUUUUAGGCAGAAUGAGGGUGUGGGAAUUAAUGUCAAUGAAGAGAACCUUCCUUUGGGUCCAGAGUGAGAAGACUUCACCCUAACAUGAAAAGAGGUGAUGCCCUCCGACGUGAGAAACCCAUCCCUUUCCCAUCUUGCAAUUAUCAUAAUAUUUUUUGUGCUUGUAUUGCAGUUUAUUUUAGCUUACUGCUUUAAGUGAGAGGUUAGGCAGCUGCAGCAACAGGCCUCUCCUGUGCCAUAUCAUUUAUUACUCAUACGGAAUCUUCAUUAUGACAAUCGUGUUGUUUAAAUAUAAUUGAGUUGCAUUUAGUGAAGUGCUAAUGAAUAGUAUUAUAUAAUUCUAAUAAAGCAGUUCUUACUAUGUUUAAUUUGUAUAGUGCAACUUUUGAAUGUCAAUACCUCUUGCUUCACUCUGUAAGGAGUUUGUACGCAACCCAGUUCGGAGGUUAAUUUGUCACUCUAAAUUGUCCUGUGAUUAGGCUAGAGUUAAAUAGGUGGGUUUCUGGGCAGUGUAGCUCAUUGGGCUGGAGGGGCCUGUUCCGUGCUGUAUUUCAAAAUAAAUAAACUAAAUUUUAAUAUCCUCCUUAUUAAGUGUGGGUGAUGAGGACAUGGAUUUGAGACUGAGGCUCUUCAUUGCUGAGUUUUAAGAUUUCAGUGGAGAUCUGCUCCAGAGGCUUUGUUAUUUUUAAUGGGUUGCAUUCUACACCCUGUGAGUCAGUGAUAAGACUAUAAGACCAUAAGACCUAGGAGUAGAAAUUAGGUCAUUUGGCCCAUUUGGUCUGCUCCCCAUUUCAUCAUGGCUGAUCCUUUUUCCCACUCAGCUCCAAUCUCCUGCCUUCUCCCUGUAUCCCUUCAUGUCCCCACCCAUCAAGGAUCUAUCAAAUUUCUGCCUCAAAUCUACCCAAUGACUUGGCCUCCACAACCGCCUGUGGCAACAAAUUCAACAGAUUAAUGACAGCCAGACAGGCUUGGAUAGGCUGUUGUGGAAUGGAGUCAGAAACUGCAAUUGAGAAGGUCUUCAAACUUCCUACAAUGGACAUUGACCGUUCUCUGUCACUGAUGGGUUCUCUGCUGCUCACCGGAGUAGGGCCUUGGGAUUUAGGACUGUAGAAGACUUGUGCAGCAUUUAAGAACAUACUUGUCAGAGCUGUCAGUGAGUUGUUGAGCUGCCCGCACUCUCUCCAUCCACAUAAAAAUCACAAAGUUAUCAGCAUGAACUCUCUACUGUGAAUGACGCACUGUUAACAAAAAGGUGUGUUAUAUUAUUUGUUCUUCAUAUUAUUUGAUAUUUUAGUUUCAUCCGUCGUGAUUCUGUAUGCUCUAAAUCUUGCAAUCGCUUCUUUCAUGGGAUCACCACAAAUAUGAUUGAUUAUGAUCUAUUUUCCUGCAGCACUUCCUAAGCAUGAUUGAUAGGUUUAUGCCCCUAGAUGCAUCAUUAGUUGUGCACUACGAAUGUUCUAUAUAUGACUCUCCCUGUGAAUGAUGUAUCAUUGUGAGCGUACCGUUGUAGUUUCCUCAGUGUCUCUGUGUCAAAGUGGGUCCGCCGAGUGAGCACUGCUUUGAUUCUCCACAUUAACCUUUGCAUAAGUCUGCUGAGGGAGCGCGCUUGCCCUGGAUGUUCCUUCUGUUGCUUUCCCUUUGCUCGGGCGCGCCCCCGGCCGUUCUGUCAUUUAACCGAUCUCCAGCCGCCAGGUGAUCGAUCGCAGGCCGACAUUGAGGGAGAAGGAGUAAAGGCUGCUAUUUUCUGAUAUCUUUCCAACUGUGCAAACCCCAGGAAAUUCUGUCUACCAUUCCAACUCUGAAUCUUCCACUCCAGAAAAAUGCUGGACCGCGAUAUGGAAUCACCCUAUCCUUCAUCCUUUACUGAGCCUGAUAUGGGGAGACACACGCCAUAUGUGGUACAGCCAGACUAUCGGAUAUAUGAGCUGAACAAACGACUGCAGACUCGCACAGAGGACAGUGACAACCUGUGGUGGGAUGCAUUUGCUACAGAGUUUUUUGAAGAUGAUGCAACAUUAACACUUUCCUUCUGUUUGGAAGAUGGACCAAAGAGAUACACUAUUGGAAGAACGCUUAUUCCUCGCUAUUUCAGUACAAUCUUUGAGGGAGGAGUAACAGACCUUUACUAUGUUCUUAAACAUUCGAAGGAGUCUUACCACAAUUCAUCCAUCACACUAGACUGUGACCAAUGCAGCAUGGUCACCCAGCAUGGUAAACCCAUGUUUACAAAGGUUUGUACUGAAGGGAGGUUGAUUCUGGAGUUUACAUUUGAUGACCUGAUGAGAAUAAAGAUGUGGCACUUUACCAUCCGGCACUACAGAGAGUUAGUCCCACGCAGCAUCCUUGCCAUGCAUGCACAAGACCCUCAAGUGCUGGAACAAUUGUCCAAAAACAUCACUCGUAUGGGGCUGACUAAUUUCACCCUCAACUACCUCAGGUUGUGUGUAAUACUGGAGCCAAUGCAAGAACUGAUGUCCAGACACAAAACAUACAAUAUCAGCCCAAGGGACUGCCUGAAAACAUGCUUAUUCCAGAAAUGGCAGCGAAUGGUGGCACCUCCAGGUCGAACCUCACAAUCAGCCGUUAUACCCUUUCUCCUACGUCACACCGCCUCAACCCCACAACCUCGCUCAGCGCGCCCAGCGCAUAACGCAGAACCAACCAGACAACAGACAAACAAGCGGAGAAAGAGGAAGAACUCAGCGAGCAGUACCUCAAACAGCAGUGCAGGAAACAUCAACAGCAUGAACAGCAAGAAAAAAGGGCCUGUGGGGAAUUUCAGUCUCUCCAGUCAGGUACCUGAUGUUAUGGUGGUGGGUGAACCUACACUGAUGGGCGGAGAGUUCGGGGAUGAGGAUGAGCGACUGAUCACUCGAUUAGAGAACACACAGUAUGAUGCAGCAAAUGGCAUUGAUGAUGAGGAAGAUUUCAAUAACUCUCCUGCACUGGGAAGUAACAGUCCCUGGAACAGCAAAGCGCAAUCUAGUCAGGAGAGUAAAUCAGAAAAUCCCACACCACAGGCCUCUCAAUAAAAAGGAACGUAUCAGUUUUUAUUAUAAAAUUUUGUGCUUUCCCUUUCUUCUUUAUUCAGGCUGAAACCCAAAAUUUCUUGUUUAAAAAUGUCUGCAUUCAGCAGUAUUGAAAUAUUAAAUCCCCUAACUUGAUUUAGUAAGUUCAUAUUCAAAGCUUAAAAACUCGAUCUGGUAUUAUAAGCCAUGCAACCCAUUAUAUUUUGUGGGCAUUUUAGUAUGACAGGUUUGUGGUUUCUUUGAAUUUAUUCCUGAGUUUGAACUGUUACUAUCAUGGGACUCUGAUAGUGAUGAUCAUUUAUAUUCAGGUUUUGCAGGAAACCAUGCUGGUCAAAUUUUUGCUCGUGUAUUUAUGUAAGCUUUUUAUAAGGGGAAAAAGAUGAUUUAGUGCAGACACAAUUUCAUUCACAUAAAUGUUCAGCACAAAAUGUGAAAUUUAGAAAUAAGUCUUUGUGUCAUUAUACGGAUGUAUUUUAUGUAUGCUUUGCCAUUAAUUAAGUGUGCCAAUAAACAAUGGUAACAUGAAUGCACUUGUCUGACAGUGGUUAAUCACUAUUG